AUCUAUUGAUAAAAUGGAAAAUAAUAAAAAAAUUAAAUAAUUGGCCUAACUUUGCUAGACAAGUAGUCGUUUGACUUUAUGUCAUUUAUGUUAAGAAACGUUUAGGAUUAGUAAGAAAAAUUAGGAAAACUUAACGGGUGAAGUGGCAAUUUUCAAGUCAAGGGGCCACAACCACACCCAAACCUGAGGACUUUCCACCAGCACGUUAUUUUUUGUCGUUUAACAGGUUGACCAACUGUUUCAAGAAAGAAACCUGAAAAACAUGCUUGAAGUGAACAACACAUGACAAUUUCUCAACAAGACAAGAUGUUGAUACUUGGUAGUUGGGACUAGUAUUAUAUUCAUAUAGAAAUGAAAUAAGCCAAAUUAAAUCGAUAGAAUAUAGAUGUGUAUUGAGCAAACUGCCCAAAGGUGGAAACAGGGGUUUCUUAUGUUGGGUGAGGUCAAACUGAAAGGAAAAGAAGAACCCAGAAUGACAAAAAAAGGUCAGCACUCGGGCACCAAGGGUUUCUUAUGUUUCUUCUUGCUUGCCUUCGUAAAAUCGAGUGGCUUUGAGUGCUGACUAGAAAGUGAAAACAGCAACAAUUUGUCUUAUAUUUUGGAACCUGGAUAAUCGUUUAGGGCGGUCGUGUGGGUCGUAUAAAAUCUUCUUUAUUCAAAAUAUAUAGCACCAAAGUGCCAGCAGCCAAAGAAAGAAUCAAUUAAAUUAUUAUAUAUGCUUUCUGUUGUCGAAUUUCCUAUGAAAACCAACAUUUAAAACAGUUCAAAUUACUGAAAUCUCCAAAGCAACAGCGGAGAAGAGACCACCUUGUUGGGUUGGAAGUACAACAAAACCUAACACCUUCCAACUCUAACCCAUAACACCAAAGCAACCGUAGUGUAUACACCUUUUGACACCAGUCAUUCCUUCUUAAAGAGGGGAAAAAAAAACUGAGAAUCAGAUUCAUUCACCUACCCUCCUCUUUUCUCUCUUUCCCUAUCGCUUUUUCUUAUUCUUUCAUUUUAAGGUUGUAAGUUCUCCAUUUGUCUCUUGUUUUCGUCGCCUCUUCUCUUUGGAUUCUUCAAAAAAACUUGAUUUUCUCUUGUACCCAUUUUUCAAAAAAAAAUUUUUUAGGCACCCAUUUGUUCAAAAUCGAAUAUUUUCUUCACAAAUACUCUAAAUUCUCUUAAAACAGUAAAAAAAGGAAUUUGGGUAUUCAAUAAACCCCAGAAAAAAAAGAUAUUUUUUUAAAAAAAUUUUUGAAGUUUUUUCAAUCAUGGGCAAGAGAGGAAUUCAGUUAUUUGAUGAUAAGAAAGGUGGGUUUUUCUCUAUAUGUGAUUUGGAGUCUCAAUGGAGUCGCGAACAGAAUAACAUUUAUCCAGGUGGCUUAUUUGCAAGCGUUGGUCAAAUGGGAAUGGGAUUCGGCGUUUCACCAAACUCCCCAAACCCCCGUGACAAUGGUGGAAUCAAAGCUCCAUUUUCCGAUUUGCUUGUGAAAUAUUUACCAUCACAAGAGGAAAUUCGGGUUGUUGGAGUAUCGGAAGGUGAAGCAGCUCUGAAGAAGAAGAAGAAAGUUGGCUUAAAACUGAAAAUCAGGGUUGCUAAUCCUUCAUUAAGGAGGUUAAUAAGCGGUGCCAUAGCGGGGGCGGUUUCAAGGACUUGCGUGGCACCAUUGGAGACAAUAAGGACGCAUUUGAUGGUUGGGAGUAGUGGGAAUUCUACAACUGAGGUGUUCCAUGAUAUAAUGAAGACUGAUGGGUGGAAAGGGUUGUUUAGGGGUAAUUUUGUUAAUGUGAUUCGAGUUGCACCAAGCAAGGCGAUAGAGCUAUUUGCUUUCGAUACUGUGAAUAAGCAAUUGUCACCUAAACCUGGGGAAGAACCGAAGAUUCCAAUUCCUGCCUCAUUAAUUGCAGGUGCUUGUGCUGGAGUCAGCUCAACUUUGUGCACCUAUCCUCUUGAGUUAGUUAAGACUCGAUUAACCAUUGAGAAAAAUAUGUAUGAUGGUAUACUUGAUGCUUUCUUAAAAAUACUGCAAAAGGAAGGCCCUGCUGAACUUUAUAGAGGCCUUGCUCCUAGUCUUAUUGGAGUGAUUCCAUAUGCCGCCACGAAUUAUUGUGCAUAUGAUACUCUUCGGAAAGUGUAUCGUAAAGUUUUAAAGGAGGAGAAAAUUGGCAAUAUUGAAACCCUUUUAAUUGGAUCACUAGCUGGGGCUAUUUCAAGUACUGCAACCUUCCCACUUGAGGUGGCUCGCAAGCACAUGCAGGUUGGAGCUCUCAAUGGAAGACAGGUCUACAAGAAUGUGCUGCAUGCACUCUCAAGCAUUCUUGAACAAGAAGGGAUUCAAGGUCUAUAUAAAGGCUUGGGUCCUAGUUGCAUGAAGUUGGUGCCUGCUGCUGGGAUUUCUUUCAUGUGCUACGAAGCAUGCAAAAGGAUACUGGUAGAGAAAGAUGAGGAAGCAUAGAAUUUCUUAUUGAAGGGAAUAAAUUCAUCGUUUUGAACAGAAGAAUGAGUUGUCAUACAUUUUAGUUUCAUCUUUUUCCUUCUUGUUUUUUGAUAUUUUUCUCCUGGAAAUUUUUUGUUAAGAAAUGAUCUUGAAAAUGAAACUGAUAAGUCAUAUUUGAAGAAUGAAAAGACUUGUUGAGUUCUGUUUCAGAGCUUGCUUAAGUGGUUACUCUCUUCAUCCUUUUCAGCCUGCCCUUAACAUGUAUUCCACUCAGACAUUUUACUGUGUAAUUUCUUUCCUGCAUUACCUACGCUGAAGGGAAAACAUUUUUCUAAAGCAUAGAAAAAGAAGAUACUAAGA